AGUUUCUUUUUAGGAGGGUGGAAGGGGAGGGAAGCCUCCCUAGAGGGGAUUGGUUCAGCCUGGAAGACAGGGAAACUAGUAAAGCAUGAGUCUCCAAGCCAUGCUGGUGGCCGCCGCUCCGAGGAGAACGCUUUAGGAGCAAUUAGCAGCGAGCCGAAGGCGGCGGCUGCCGCAGCAGCCCGGGAGGAAGCGAGGGCAGCUCCCGAGGCUCCCUCCGCAGCAGGCACCGCUCGCUCCAACUGCAAAAGGGUUUCAGAUGUCCCACCGCUGCUUGACCCCCUGCAAACAAGGGCUGACCACCAGAGGCACAUCCUACCUCUGACUUGUAAUCGCUGACAUUUAGGCUACAGCUUCCAACCUGUUUACAACCAAAAGGGGAGGAAAAGGAAGGCAAAGGGGGGAACAAGUUGAGAUUUUCCCCUCUCUCUUUCACUCUCUCUCUCUCCCUCUGGAUUUUUUUUUUUCUUAAAAUAUUGUUCUGGAGAAUUCAAAACAAAGAAACUGCCUCCUCUGGGGUCGUCAGCGAGAAAAGGACGAGUUGUGCAACUGGUUUGGGGUUUGCAAAAAGGCAAAGGGGGUUAGGGACCAGAAGAAGGUGCAAAGCCACAAAGUGUGAGUGCCUCUCUGUGUAAAGGGACCUUUCUGCAUCUAAGAUGGUGAAGAAAGGAGUGAGGAAGAGAACAAAAUAACUGCUGGGAAGUCUCAAACCAGCUCUUUUUUCUGAGGGAGGACUCGAAGGAUUAAAAGGCAGCAACUUCUGAGGCGAUUUGUCCCCUGAGUUAUGGAUGUUGGUGCACUUACUUCAGGCCAGAUCAGAGCUCAGAGGGAUCUAACCAGAAGCAGCAACCACCGGCUCUCCACUUGCCUUUUACCAGGUUUUACCCUUCCAGUAUGUUUCUUUUGAUAAGACAUUUUCCAGCGCCCAGAGUUUCAGUACAAUGUGCAAAUGGAUACUGACAAAUGGUGCCUCAGCCUUUUCCCACCUGCCUUGUUGCUGCUUGCUGCUGCUCUUCUUGGUGUCUUCUGUGCCUGUCACCUGCCAUGACCUCGGCCAGGACAUGCUGUCCCCGGAGGCCACCAACUCUUCUUCUUCAUCAUCCUCCUCCUUCCCCUCGUCCUUCUCCUCUCCUUCCAGUGCGGGGAGACACGUGCGGAGCUACAAUCACCUCCAAGGAGAUGUUCGCAAGAGGAAGCUCUACUCUUACAACAAGUAUUUUCUCAAGAUUGAGAAGAACGGCAAGGUCAGCGGCACCAAGAAGGAGAACUGCCCCUUCAGCAUACUGGAGAUAACAUCUGUAGAAAUUGGAGUUGUGGCAGUUAAGUCCAUUAAGAGCAACUAUUACUUAGCCAUGAACAAGAAAGGAAAGGUCUACGGCUCUAAGGAGUUUAACAGUGACUGCAAACUGAAGGAAAGAAUAGAAGAAAAUGGCUAUAACACAUACGCAUCCUUAAAUUGGAAGCACAAUGGGAGGCAAAUGUUUGUGGCCCUGAACGGAAGGGGAGCCACAAAGAGAGGGCAGAAAACAAGAAGGAAAAAUACUUCAGCUCACUUUCUUCCAAUGGUGGUAAUGUCAUAGACGAAUGAACUGUCUUAUUGAUUCAGUUGAACCAAAGGCUAUAAUGUCAAGAGUGUUUGGUAAUCUUCUUGAAAAGCAAAUGCAAAUAAAUAGUACAGCCAUCUGCAUGUUUGAAAAGAGAGCAGGGGAAGCCUUUGAAGGUUUUGUACUCAUUGCUGGCACGUGAAAUACUUUUAUUUAGUCGGUGUCAUAUCUUAUAAUCAAGAUACAAGCUGGAUCAAGUGGGAUGGAAGUUAUUGCCAGUGUGAACAGUUUUUUUUUUUGUUGUUGUUGUUUGUUUUUGUUUUGUUUUGUUUUGUUUUUAAUUUCUGCAACAGAACUUGAGGGACAUCAGACAAUCUGUUGAAUCUGUGCAUGGGGAUCUAUUGAAUCCCAUGAAGUUUUUUCAUGGGGAUUUCAUGGUAAAGUUAUUUAUGGAAUACGAAUUCAUAUCAAAGACCUUAAUUGCUUAUUCAAGCCUAAGGAUCCAAUGAACAGGUAGACAUGCAAGUAUUUACUGGAAGCACUUGGGUCAUAUGCACAAAUAAUGACAUUUCUGGAGAAGCCUUGUGGAUGAAUGGAUAGGAUUAAGGAAUAUAAGCAAAGCAAUGUAAAACUGUUCUAACAAAACGAAUAGUAUGGUUUGCUUGUAUGUUCUAAAUUCAUUUCUUUUUAUUUCUCUCUAAGUUAUUUAUUUAAUAGGAUGUUAAAUAUCUUUUUGAAAUGUUUUCCUGAUUUGCUUCUUUGUUAUUUCCCCCUUUUUCUGAGUGCUUCACACAGGGCCUAAUAGGUUAAAAUACCAAAACCUCAGAAGUACUCUGAGAAUAUGUAUUAGACAAGGCUUUAAAGGCAGAAUUUAAGGUGUAUUAACCAUUUUUUCCCUAAACUUGCUUGCACUUAAGCAAAAAGACCAAACAAGCCGUGCUUGGAUUUAUGGUAUUGGGUGACUUUAUGUUAGAGAUUUUUUUUUUAACCUAGCAGCACUCAAGAGCAAAUUUCAAGACAUACUUUGUUCAAAGGGUCUCUCUGCUAUUUUGAAAUUGAGAGAAGGGGGCCACAUCUGUACUUGGGUGUUAGUGCACCUGUGUGUAUAUUCAUCUGACUUUGAUUUCCUUUUGGAACUAAGAUUGCAUUGGUGUUGCAAUCAUUGUGCUGUUCUGCAGCAAGCUUUGGGCUGGAACCUAGAUGAGGACAGACCUGUGAAAGUCACUGAGGUUGCAAAUGUUUAGAACUUGACCAGCAUGCAGUUCCCAAGUGUAAGAUUUGGCCUUCAAAAGGUAAACAGAAAGGCAUCACGGCCCUGCACUCCUUCUUCAAUGGAGACACCCACUCAGCACAUUCGUCCUUGUUACCAGCUUGUUAGGAUCGCAGCCACAUAGUGGGAGCAUUACCUAUGUAAGGACUGAGGGACAAGAGAUCCAAAGUCAUGCGCAUGCUUCUAUCAGAGAUUAUUAGUCACAUGUAUGCUAUAGAUGAGAGCCAACCAACAAGCUGUGCUGGUAUCCAGCUUUAGCAUGCCUUUCAUAUUCAUCAUAGUAACUGGAGGCUCGAAGUACAAUCAUAUCCAGCACAUUCUUAUGAAGUGUCACUAGUCCCGUGGCUUAACUUGAGUGACUGCAGUAUAAUAAAGUUAAGCAUAAUAUGAAGUCUGUUCAAUUAAAGGUACGUAAGGUUUGUUUUAUGUUUUACUUUACUCUGUAAUUUUAGAGAGCUCUGGAUAGCUCACCAGUGUAACCAUAUUGAGAUUCAUUUUGUUAGAGCAGAUAAAUAGAAAACAGUACAUCAAAGAAUUUGUACCACUGUCUUCACAUUGUAUUCCACUAAAUAAAUAAGUAAAUAAGCCUUUGCAGUGUCUUUAGUAAGAAACAAAAGUAGUAUAAUAUUAUUUUGUUCUAAAUACUUUAAGGGAUAGCUACGAGAUUAUAUUGAUGCUGCAGCUUUAUCUUCAAUACUUCUUGUUGUGAAAAAGUUUGUUCUAUUUUUAUUGUUUGGAAGCUGUAUUUUGGUACAAAGGAGAGCCUUGCUUAAAUGUGUCUUUUUGAGAAUGUUUAACCUCUAUAAAGGCUGGUGGUGUUGAAAUCUUCUAUAACUUAUUUAAGUCAGUGUUUAACCAGCACUUCAAUCUUAAUCUGUUAUUUAAAUAUUAACUGUUUGAAAAAAAAAAGAAAGGGGGGGCCAAAAAAAUUAGCUUUCCCAUAAAAUACAAAAUUGUCUGGUUGUAUUUCUGGUCCUUGAAUGAAGUCAAAUGUUUUAAAACUAGAAAUCAAUUGAGAGACAAUGUAACUGAUGUUGUAUGUCACAGUACUUUACUUUACCUACAGUUCUAUUCUUGGCAAAUGAGAUUUUUCCAGAAAGAGAAAUGAGAAUUUGAAAUUUAAAAUGCAGUUUCAGGUCAACAGCAAAACUUAACUACCAUGAUAAAGCAAGUUUCUAUUGAUCAGAUUUGCAAUUGGUAGUUAAAACUGGCAAGACAUAAUGGACCACCCGCAGCGUACACACAGUGUAAGCCUGGGUGAAUGCAGUAUUGGAUGACCAUUUAAAGAACAUUUAAGGUACAAAACAAGUUAUCUUUUGACAGAAUUACUUAGAUGACUUUGUCAGGGCAGGAUUUAUGCGUGAAUAGUAUCACAGUACUCGAAACACCAUACUGCUCAGAGGCCAAGCUGGGAAAUACCACUUCUCCAAAGUGAGUCGGGAGCCAUUUGUAACAUGAAUAGUGGUUUCUGAAAAUUAACCUAAACCAAAACAAAACCUUGAAGGAGUCAAUGAUUCCUGUGCAUUUGGUAUACUGUAAUGCUCACUGUAGCGGGAGCAAACUGCAGACAUUCUAUCUAGUGUAUCAUAAAUGCUUAACCAUAGGCUCUGUUUUCUGUCACACUCAGCGUAAUGGACUCCUGAGCAAAAGGAAAAUGGGGAUUUGUAAAAGAAAAUGGAAACAAAAAAAAAAAUCAUUGAGCAACAAUGUAUAGUAUGUUAUAUUUAAAUAAAAAUAAUAAAACGUGGGGAUUAGAGAAUAAGAGUACAAUAA